AGAAUCUCAUCCUGAAUGUAUCAUAGCCUUACAGAUACCCUGUUGCAGGUUACAGCAAACUUUGUACUCCCAGAUCCUAACAUAUAAUGUUAUUUUUAUAAAAGAACACAACUCUGUAAUCAUAAAUGAAGUUAUUGUUACACAAUAUGAAGGGAUAGUUUGCUUGGCAGAAACACCAUAUUUACAUGAGGAGAAGGGGAAAGCAUUUGCUCAUACACACUCCACUGUUCUAAGAAUGUAUGUUUUAAGUUUUCUAAUACUUUGAAAUGGUCAUAGUAUUUGUCUGUUCAGCUUAACAGUAUAAUUAUGGUGAGUCUUUUUCAUAGUAGAAUUUUUACUUAUUAGUAAAGCCUGUUUUUAUAGGCUUAAAAGGUCUUUCUGAUAUUAUAAAGUCUGUAAGGGAAUACCUUGUUAUCUUUCUUAUAUCAGUCAUACAAAAUCUAACUUGCAUUGUUUUUCCUUGUUGACAGAAAAGCAGAUUUCCAGUUUAGAGUUCAUGUCAUCCUCCUUCCUGUGAAAAUAAUAUGAACCUGAAAGUGUUACUUUUCCUUCUCCCAAAUUUUAUUUUUGGGAUCUUUCUUUUUGGCUUUUUUUGUAAGAGACAAAAACCCCUAACAGGUGUUUUUCCUGAUCCCACUGAAGACUGGCUGGCAAUUCAGAAUGAUCGCAAAAGCACACUGGCUUCUCUCUGCCUAAAGAACGGCCUCCUCAAAUUAAGAAGUAAAUUGGAUUCUCAUGUCGCAAGCCAGCUCUUUGUGGAGCACAAACAUAAAUUUAUCUACUGUGAGGUGCCCAAGGUAGGCUGCUCCAACUGGAAGAGAACUAUUUUUAUUCUCCAAGCAAACUUAAAUGCUGAAGCUUCUGAAAUUGAGCAUGACCACAUCCACCAAACCUCGCUGAUCAAGAAGCUGGUGGCAUACCCUCCUGCCAUACAAAAAGAAUUUCUGAACAACUACACCAAAGUGAUGUUCACCAGACAUCCCUUGGAACGCCUGGUUUCAGCUUACAGAGACAAACUUCUUCACUCUGAGCCAUUCUACAGUAUCACUGUGGCUAAUGAGAUUAGGGCCAUGUUCAGGAAAGACAAAAAUUCAUCUGAAAAAGUGAGUUUUCAGGAGUUUGUCAAUUUCAUUGUAGCAAAACCACCAAACAGUCUUGACAUCCACUGGAAACCAAUGUUUCUGCUCUGUGAUCCUUGCAACAUUCACUAUGAUAUUCUGGGUAAGUAUGAAACUCUUAGCUUAGAUUCUGAGCAUGUUCUGACGGUCAUUGGAGCACCAAAGAGCCUGCACUUCCCCAGCUUGAAGAGGUACGGCUCAGAGAAACGAACUAAUGGUGAUAUCACCUUGGAGUACCUCAGACAAUUGAACUCAGAACAAAUUGAGAAGAUCAAAAAAUUGUAUCAAAUGGAUUUUUUCUUGUUCAACUAUACUAUGGACUAUGAGGAUUAUUUUUCCCUGAAUGACUAAUGUAGGUUAAACAAAGAACAGUUUCCUCUGUACAAAACGGGCCGAACCUGUCCUCACAGGUGCUUGAUAUGUGGAUUGUUGACUGACUGCUGCUGAGAUUCUACUGGUGUUUGGUGAUGUGGUUAAUCAUCCUAAGCACUCUUAUAACAAAUCCCUGCCAUGAUCUGUUGUACUGUACAGUACUUUACCUAUAUGAAAUUAUUGUCUUCCUGUUGAUCAUUAAUGAGUAUGUUUGGUUCAUGAAGACUGUUUAUAAAUAAUAGAUUUUUGCCUGUUGGUAAGAGGGGAAGGGUGGAGAGUGUUGAUUUCCACAACAAAUAUUUUUAGGACAUAAUUUUUUUUACAUUAAGGACUUCAAUAUUUUAUUAGAAAAAGACAUAAGAAGCAAUAAACUAUCUUCUUUAGAGUCAAACCACUCGUCUGCAAGAGCCUCAAUCAUGAAUCCUGUAGAAAAGAAGCAAAUAACUUCAGAUGCUGGAAGCUACAUUGCACAGAAUUUAAUGUCUGAUUAUAUUCCCUUUUAGCAGUGCUGUCACCACAGCCCACCAGCCUCAUCUCUCAAGCAGCUUGGUUGGCAGCAAUCCAGCCAGGGUUUCCCUUUUAUCUCUUCAAAAUCUUCUGAUGAGCAGCAGGUCUGGUGUUCCUGGUGACUUUGCCCUCUUUUCACCAUAUUUGUGAGCAUUAUGGUCUGAUGUAAGAGGGAAGGCCUGAAAAAAUACAUCUUUUCUUUUGAGAAGUAGGUAGAUGUGCCCCUAAACUGUGCCACUCAGGUGGUGCAGGAUUUAAACCUUCAGUGGAAAGGUGACUCUUACCUAUUCUCCAAAAGCAUUUACCACCCUGUAAACCGGCUGGGCAGUCAGCACAGGCGGGACAAUAUUUGGGCUUUCCCCAUUUGUGCCUGCUGGAGCCCAUGAGCCCUUGGGACUGGGCUGAGCAUGGCAGUUAGGUGGAGCUGGGUAACUUCAGGUAAUACAUUUGUUCUGCUUGCUGCUUUCUCACCUCGAAGGAGAUUGAGUGCAAAGAAAUUGAUUGUAGUAUUAUGGUAAGGGGAGCAAUGAAGCAUGUGUGAGAAGCAACUCAAGCCAUUAUCCACUUCUUAUAUUCCUACGUGGCUUUAGUUUUAGAUCUGUAACUGCUAUUAAGUAAAAGACUUGCUCCAUUUUUUUGAAAAUCAACUGCCUAGUCACACUGGAAAUUAAUUUGUGACCAUAUUAAUUGUAGCCAGUUUUAGAAAUUAAUGAGUAUUACCAUCACCUUUAGGGGAUGUCAGUCUCUCAGGAGCCACCUUAAAUAUCUCUCAAAUGCACUUAGUUCCUAUCAGCUCUAUCUGCAAAUGUACAAAGGCUGUCAGGCAAGUCUUGGAUCCAGAGUUGGCUCACAGCUUCUCAACACAUAGAAAAUGACAGGGACAAAACAGCUUAAUCACACUGCAGCCACCAAUCUGUACAGCCUUUGCUGCCAGCAGCGUGGCCAAGGGAGAGGGAAAAGGAGGCUGAGAAAAACGGAUGCAAAGGGAUUUGAGUCACGAGGGUUGUGAAGACAGCUUCCAGCACAAGGUGGUCUAUCUCAGAGGGAAGAUGCAGUGAUAUAUUGAACAUCAGCUGGAGACACUGAUGGGACCAUAGUGUCAGUAGGAAGCAGAGGGAGAAGCUUGCUACAUCCCUCCUUGAUGGCAGAUGGCAUACAAAGCCAGGACUACUGCUCAGUACAUCUGGCAGCUCUUGCGUGGCUGACUAUUCUACAAAUGGGGCAGCUUUGCACAGGGAGAGAUCCAAAGUGAAAAGGCCAAGCAAGAA